GUGAUGCUACUUUUCUUCAUUCACUUCUCUGGAGCGGAGAAACGCAGCAGCACGAGACGCGGAGCUUCGGCGCGCGGGUUGGACGCGGUUUGGACUCGGACCUGUUGCACAUUUUGUUUUUUUUUGUUUUUUUUUUCUUUCGUAUGCAAACCGAUUGCAAGGACUUGUGGUUGUGGACUGUUCGGUUGUCGGUUCCGUUUCAUGAAGUUCGGAUAAAGUGUAAAGAACAAAAAAACAAAAACAGAGUAAAGAGGAAUAAAUACGGCGCGCGCCAUUGAGAAGGUGAAAGAAGUUUACAAGCAUGGACGACACGCAUCGCACCGCGCACCGUAUCCCUGUCAUCCCGGAGCCCUGAGAGCGCACACGAGCGGGAUAAGAAGCCGGGGGUGAAGCCCAGGCGGAGCCGCGAUGGUGCUGACGCGGUGCGCGUUCGUGCGCGCGUGCCUCGCUCUGCUCCUGCAGGCCAGUCAGUGGAGCGCGAGGGAGAGCUCGAGCUGCGACCUCAACAGGAAGCAGAGCGAGCUGAACUCCUUCCUGUGGACGAUCAAGCGUGACCCACCGUCUUAUUUCUAUGGGACCAUCCACGUGCCAUACACACGGGUAUGGGACUACAUCCCCGAGAACUCCAAAAAAGCCUUUCAGGAGAGCAACAUUGUGUACUUUGAGCUGGACCUCACCGACCCGUACACCAUUUCGGCCCUGACGCGGUGCCAGCUGUUACCGCAUGGAGAGAACCUGCAGGACGUUCUGCCGAGAGACAUUUACCGGCGCUUGAAGAGACACCUGGAGUAUGUCAAGCUCAUGAUGCCGUCCUGGAUGACCCCGGAUCAGAGGGGCAAGGGCCUGUAUGCCGAUUACCUGUUCAAUGCCAUCGCGGGCAACUGGGAGCGCAAGCGGCCUGUGUGGGUCAUGCUCAUGGUGAACUCUCUGACUGAGGCGGACAUUAAGACACGCGGUGUCCCUGUGCUGGACCUCUACCUGGCUCAGGAGGCAGAGAGGAUGAAGAAAAAGACGGGAGCUGUGGAGAAGGUUGAGGAGCAGUGCCAUCCUCUCAACGGGCUGAACUUUUCCCAGGUCAUUUUCGCCCUUAAUCAGACGCUGCUUCAGCAGGAGAGUCUGCGGGCCGGAAGUCUGCAGGUCCCCUACACCACUGAGGAUCUCAUUAAGCACUAUAACUGUGGUGAUCUUAACUCCAUCAUAUUCAACCAUGACACUUCACAGAUGCCCAACUUCAACAACGUCACUCUGCCUCCUAGCGAACAGAUCACGGCUCAGGAGAUCGACAGCUACUUCCGUCAGGAGCUCAUCUACAAGCGCAAUGAGCGAAUGGGCACGAGGGUCAAAGCUCUGCUAGAGGAGCAUCCCGACAAGAGCUUUUUCUUCGCCUUCGGAGCAGGUCACUUCCUGGGCAACAACACAGUGAUCGAUGUUCUGAGGAGCCAAGGCUACGAGGUGGAGCACACGCCAGCUGGCCAGCCCAUUAACAGUGGCAAGCGAUCCAGCCAUCCUACAGACAGAGAGGACGCCAAUGUUUCGGAUGCGGAGUCACCAGUGGAAGCCUUCUUCCAUGAAGACAGAGAAUGGCUCCCCAUGGAGGAGGAAGAGGACCCUCCACCCCACUUGCUCCUCCCAGACAGCUUGGAGCUUCUCGAGAAAGUGGAGCGCAAGCUCAAGAAGAAGCGGCGCAACAGGUUAAAGAAGCAACGCCACCGGCAGUUCAAUGACCUCUGGGUCAGAAUGGAGGAAAGCACGACGCUGGAACCACCUCCAACCGUCGUCCGCAUCAUAAAUGGUUACAUCGCGGUCCGGUCCGACUCGCGAGAGCACGGGAGAUCCGAUCACGACAGGACUUUCUCAGGCUCCGCCCCUACAACGCGAGGGGCUUCCUUUAUUAUGCUGAUAUUGUGCCUUCAGGUCAUCGUGCUUCUUGGCUUAAGCCUCUAAAGCCUCUACAUGAUCUCCACCUCGACCUUAAGACAUCCUCAGAUGUUUUAAAAAGGUUUUGCAGGGCAUUAGGAGAGAGACUGAAAACGAAAAAGACUGCUGUACAUGAAUGUAUUCUUCAUUUUCUGAAGGAUGACCGAUUCACUGCAAUCGACUGCAGGAUCUGUAAAUACCAAAUGUAUCAUAGAUGUAAUUUAGAGACGUGAAUAAAGACGGCUGCUUUGUUAUGUUUUUUUUUUUUGGUUCGGUUUUAUAUAAAAAGAAAUAAGAUUUGCUCUAUAUUUUUGUGACUAUAUGAGGUAUUAACUAACAUUUUGUAUUUUUUUUUAUAUCUCAGAUCUCCCUUAUUCGCGGAAAACAGCGCGUCACUGUUAUUUCCAUCCUCUCAUGUGUUUUUGUUUUAUUACAAGGAGUUUAUGUUUAAUUUAUUAAAUAUAUAGCUUUAGCGUAUUCUUAUUAUUAUCCGUACGUUUUCCGACAGCUCUUUAUGGUUACGCUCUUCUUUUCCGCGCUUUCUAAACAUUCCCAUAUCACCGUCAUCUGGUAGUACACAAUCCAGUAACGUGCAGUACCUGCUACUCAGAUUUGGUUUGUUUAUGCGAUUGAAAGCAAUAAACUAUUUAUCUA